AUGACGAUGAAAGCAUUAUCUGUAUCGAUCGGCGGAGGAGUUUUCACCGUUAAAUCUCCGACGGAGCUACAGCAAGCGGCCGAUUCUACUCAGGCGCCGGUUCCUGCUGCAGUUACAGGCGGCAAAUCGAUCGUCGAAGACGAGGAGUUUUCACUCGCAAAGGUCUCCUUUGGUGUAAUUGGACUAGGUCUUGGAUUAUCACUCCUCUCCUAUGGUUUUGGAGCUUAUUUCAACAUCCUCCCUGGAUCUGAAUGGUCUGCAAUUAUGUUAACAUAUGGAUUUCCAUUGACAAUUAUCGGAAUGGCUCUUAAGUAUGCAGAACUCAAACCUGUCCCAUGUUUGACUUACUCUGAUGCUCAAAUCCUGAGAGAAAAAUGUGCCACUCCUAUCCUUAAACAGGUCAGAGAUGAUGUCAUAAGAUAUCGUUAUGGAGAUGAGCAGCAUUUGGAGGAGGCUUUGAAACGUAUUUUCCAGUAUGGUUUGGGUGGAGGUGUGGCAAGAAGAAAUGCUCCAAUUCUAACAAAAAUCCGGGAAGAAGUUACUGAAGAUGGAAAGUAUUGUUUAGUGUUGGUGUUUGAGGCAAAAGCGCUUGAGUUGGCUGACUUCGAGAAAAGACAGGAAAAAUUUGCUUCUUUUUUUGGCCCGGGAAUAACAGCGGAAGUUGGGAAAGGAGAAGAAGAGAAAACAUAUGAUGUUGCAACUUGGAGGUUUACCAAACUUGUUAAAGAUAAAUAUAAUCAACCACCACCACCAUUUCUGUUGCAAGAAAGGCCGAUAACCGCCAUCCACCACAUUCACCGGAGAGAAAACCAACUACAACCACCUAUAAAGGUAAGAAUGGCGGAGGCCCUCUUGUCAUGA